GAACAUGACAUCGUUCUUUUGAGUGUCGGAACUAGUUCCAGUAAACAUGUUCGCGGAACUGUUUAGUUCCACGAACAUGUUAAGGCUAGUAGCUGUUUGUAGUUUGUAGCUGUUUAGUUCCGCGGACAUAUUAAGUCUAGUAGCUGUUUGAAGCUGUUUAGUGCCGCGGACAUGUUAAGUCUAGUAGCUGUUUGUAGUGUAGCGAAUCACGUAUUAAGUUAUUAUUUAUUACACAAUAUUUUUCAAAAAAGGUAUUAAAAAUACAAUUUUUUAAAAGCACUAUAUAAAAAUAGAUUGCCGCUUAUGGUAAUUAUUAUUGUAAUUAUUAUUUUGUAAGGUUUUUAGUUUAAGGUUCAUUGUUACAGCUGGUUGCAUAAUUUAUUAAUGUACUCUAAUUACUUUGUCAUAAUUUCAACUACUCUACUACUUUCAUUAUUUUUCAAUGUAUUGUACGAUGCACCGGAAACUAUAACCUAUCAGUUGUUAAUUAAAAUACCACGUUAUUCUGAUAUACAACUUAAAUUGAGCUCGUUGUAGCCUUACAACCUUUUUCCCAUAACCGAGAUACCGAAUAGCGAAAGUGGUGAAUGUUUUAAAAUUCUCUAAUUUUGAAUUAUGAUUUUCUAAAAAAUGGUCUACAAACACUUAAGGUUAAGUGCUCGUAGGAAUGAUGCAUGGUCAAGGUCAAAAUCCAUAGCAAAACAUUUUAAUUUAUUCAACUAUCGACUGUAACACGUAGGUCGUAGAGCAUAACUUCAAUAUUAAUAAAAAUGUAAUAUGAAAGAGCUCCACACGCAGUUUCAUGCACUCGCUCCAUCUCACUCCCUCGUAUUCGUGCCAUAUGUCGCCUUAUCUCUUUACGUGGACUCGUGUCGGUUCGAGACUCGUUCGGGUGGACUCGCCGCGCCACGCCUCCGCGCCGCGCGGUACCUAUGCUCUAAUCAUGUCCGCAUGUCCGUCAUGUUCAACGCGUUCGUAGUUCCUGCAUAACAGUACACUUGGAAUGGAAAUGGAACUGUCUGAACAUGUUAAUUUUGACAACUCGGAUUGAAUGAUAUAGUUCCAUAUGAGGACAUAGUUCCAGGAACUAUUUAGGUCCGGAACUACGCAUGUCUAACAGAGUCCCUCUGAACAUAGAUUAUACACUUAAUGUAUGCUUAAUACAAUUUGGUGAUUACGAUUGAUUACGAUCGUAAAUAACGUAAUAAAGACACUCGACACAGGAUUCGAUUCAAAUUAAGUUUUUUGAACCUUAGUGGUUAAAUGUUAUAUAUAAUCAGCACAAUAAUUGCAUUAUGUCUUUAAAUACCGCUCACGCCGAUCACGGAGUUUUGAUACACGCAGGGGAAUGCAUCAUCUUGUUUUCUGACAAUGUGUCAGUUGAAUUCUAUGGGAAUGAUACACCAGAGUUUAAGGGGAUCAAGGAGGGACGGAUGUACCUCACUACUCAUAGAAUGAUUUACAAUUCAAAGAAGAAUACAGAUGCCAUGAGAUCAUUCAGUUUUCCUUUUAUUGCAUUGCAAGAUGUAACUGUGGAACAACCUAUGUUCUCUGCCAACUGUAUAAAAGGUAAAGUUCGUGCCCAACCUAAUGGCAACUUUAUUGGUGAGGUCAAAUUCAAGCUUACCUUCAAAUCAGGAGGUGCUAUUGAGUAUGGACAAGCCAUGUUAAAAGCUGCUCAUCUUGCUUCUCGUCAUAUGGCAGCUGGUGCUUCGCCACCUCCUUAUACCCCACCGACUGGACCGUGGCAAGCCGCACCACCACCAGCAUAUGCACCUCCUCCACAAGGAUAUUAUGGAUGGGUGCCACCUUAUUCUGCUUUUCCAGACCAACCUCCACCAAACUCAGUAUUUGUGUCGAAUACCCCACCUCCCUACCCUGGCGUGACUGGAGCUUCUUAUCCGACCGGCCCUGGGUUUUCCGGGGGUGGUGGGUUUGUGGUUCCAGGAGGGGCUCCUCCUGGCUACCCGGGAGCAUCAGCGCCGCCACCCGGAUAUCCAGGGGGUUUCGCAGCUUCAGCACCACCAACUGGCAUGUCUUCUGCUGGAUCAGCCACCGACCUAUCAAGAAUCUACGUCGAAAAAGCAGAAUUAAUGCACUGUCCGCAUUAUCACAUGAAACCAUGGCUGUCGGAUAACCCAAAGAGUAUUAGACAAUAAAAUGUAAAAGUUCAUAAAAGCUUUUACGUCUCCUUUGGGUGUUACAAGUGGUAAAUUAAAUCUAACCACUACAACUGAUUUACAACCCAGAGAAUAUUUGGAUUUAUAAAAUUAUAAAAAUUAAUUAUUCUUUGCAAGAUGACAUUAUACCAUUUUUAUGAAUAAAGCAAUUGUGGUAAAGAAAUGUAAAAAAUAAUAAUUAAUGUAAUCAAUGCAUUCCUACUUGAAAUAUUAAUUUAAAAUAAGUUUGCAUGUUUUGGACAAAAACUGGCAUCUAGUAUUAUCAAACACGAUUAGAGGAUAAUGUGUUACAUAUAUUAAUGUGUUGACAAUGGCAACAAAAUUUAUUUAAUAUAGUUUAUAAUUAGAUUAUUCAACGCAAUUAUUUACAACAGUGUUAAAAAUUAAGAAAGAUGUGCAACACUUGAAUUGAAUGAAAUUUGCACUUGUUAUUUAACUAUUUAUGAGAAUAAAAGCUUAGCUUUUCUUUAUUUAUAGUUUUUUUUUGUGUUGGUUAAAACCUAAUUGUACUGAGUGGUCAGGUAGCUGUCAGUUUCUGACCUUGAUGCAGACAGAUAAAAUCUACUCUAUCCGUAGGCAAAUGUUAAAAAAUGUAAUGCAGAAUCUUUUCAAACCACUCUGAGAAGAAAUUAUGGAAACACUAUAGCGCUUUAGAAACACCAUAGCGUAUUUCAUGUCAGCGAGAAAGUCUAAUAAAAACAUCAGUGUGACUUAGUGCGAGUUUUUUAACGUUCUCGAUAGCGUAAAAGGUAACCCAAUUUUGUAUGCAGUUGAAACAGCGCCCCUAACGGCAAACGUAAGCAAAUGAUCCCAUUCCAUACUACUACGCUAAUCCUAAUCCCACUUAUGACGUGGUAUUGGAGGUAGUUGAGAUUGACCUAAUCUGGAUAAAAACUUCCUUCACAUUCGUGGAGAAACCGCCAGAUCAGACAGCAGAGUAGCGGGUCUUCAGAUCUUCUAUUGGCCGUAUAGGACAAUAAAGCUAUUCUCAUAGAUACGAAUAAUGAAAUUAGAAUAAAAACGUUUAUAAUAAAAGCAACGCUGUAUUUUCUCGACGCCGCGUUUACGAUGCAAUAAAUCUCACGUCAUUUCGGAUCCUCCCAAUCCCCUAACAGUGCGUUUAGGUCCCAAGCACCGGUCAUCGUUCUCGUCGAACCCGUCGCUUGCGACGAAGGGCUCGGCGAGCAAAUUAACCUACAGACACAGCCCACUGAGUUUCUCGCCGGAUCUUCUUCCGGGUCGCGUUUCCGAUUCGGUGGUAGAAUCUGCGAAGCACGGCUCUUGCCAGCUCACCUACUAGUUCGGUGAAUCUCGCAUAACCCCUCGAGGUUACUAAAAUAGGUAUGAAAAAAAAAGCAUUAAAUCGUAUAUUUAUAAAAGCUUAAAACUUUUUAUUGAUUUUAAUUUGUGACGUACACCAAAAUCCAUGAAAAAACUGAAAGAAGACAGAAUAAACGUCAUUGUUGAAAAUAGAAGAUCAGAAAUGUAAAUUUUAAGUGUCACAUAAAAAAUAUCAGAAAAAAUAUUUUGAAAAAAAAAUGACCGUGGAAAGGAAACUAUAGUAACAAUUCACGAUUUACCUUAAAAUUUAUACCUAUGGUGCAAAAUUCUGAAGUCAGCGGAAUACCUGGGGCCUUUGCGAUACGCUAACAUAACAUGAACAAGUAUUAUUAAACGCUGCAAUAAUGUCGCCAAUUGCGCAUCCACCAUGUACGCCGUCUGCAUCAUGUACUCCCAUACGGUGUCACCCUACACCGCCUUCAUGCCAAAAUCCAGAAAAAUGCUUAAAGAAAACAACUUCGAAAGGAGUUCGACCUUGUCGGAGUGCUGUAUCCAUAAUGUCAACAAGGUCAAAAGCCAAAUGUUCUAGUUGCGGGAAAUCGAAAAGCGCAUCGAAUCCGAGGAGCGUGGCGGCCGUUGAAAAGUUUUUGAAAAAGAAAUCUAAAGAGGCAAAGAUGCGAAAAAAAGAUAGACUGACUGGCAGCCAUUCUUAUCUUAAUUAUACUAGACGACAAGGGAGUACUUUGUCGAAAAGUGAAUGCUGUCUUGGAAAAGGACAUCGAGGCAGACUAAAGAAAAAAAAGUGUGAAAUAUUAUAAAAUUGUAUUGACCUUUUCGGGCACUGAUUUGCGAAUACUGUGAAUUAGCAACUUAGCCGAAAGAGAACGAACAUUUUUCUUUUAUCUGUUAAAAUAGACAGAAUUUGAAGAACAACUCAGCAGAGCAAUAAAUAUUAUACCUAUAGUCGAAAACGCAGUAAUUUUUAAUUGUUAAAAUGUUUUAUCCAUAGUAUUAAUUAGCUGUACACUCUACAAACAGCUUAAAACCAUGUAUAUCUGCGCCAACAUGCAGUGUGCAUCGCCACAGGCCCCGACCCCCGCCCUGUCCAGAACCAGACAAGUGCUAUAAAAAGUGUAUCAAACGCAAGAGCAAAUGUCCCAGCGCCAUGGACACAGUUAGUCGCGUGGGGUCUCCUUGCGACUGCGCCAGAAUUCAGUCCAAAGACUCGCGACUUAGUAACAAACGUUCCCGAAAAACACAUAGAAAACGUAUUCGAAAAGCUUACAAACAACGAUCUUCAGAAUCUAGAUGGCGCCCCCAUAAAAAAUGUUGUGUUAUCCUUUAAAAGACAAGUAAAAAAAACAUUAUGUACCUAUCCAAUUUAGUACAUUUUAAUAAACAUUUUUUUAAACUGUACCUAAAUAA